GAAUUUGAUAUUUAUCUUCUUGAUGUUGAGAAAGAUUCCUUCGCCGGUGAAACGAUAGAAGAAAUUUAUACGAAGUUAGCACCUAUCGAACACGUGCUUAAAAGACCAGACACCUAUGUCGGUUCUGUUGAAGCUACAACAGAAAGACAAUGGAUAUACAACUACCAAGAAGAUAAACUAGAACAUAAAGAAAUCACUUACGUCCCGGCAUUUCUCAGAAUAUUCAAUGAAAUUCUCGUUAACGCCGUCGAUAAUAAGAUCAGAGACCCUUUGAUGAGCACAAUAAAAGUCAAGUUUGAUAAAGAAUCGAAAUUGAUUUCUGUAUACAAUAACGGCAAAGGCAUUCUGAUAGGAAUUCAUAAAGAGUUGAAUGUAUAUGUGCCAGAAAUGCUGUUUGGACAACUUAUGACAUCAUCAGAUCAUAGCAAUGGUAGAAAUGGACUUGGUGCGAAAUUCACAAACAUUUUCAGCACUCAGUUUACUGUAGAAACAACUGAUGCAACACAAAAAAAAAAAUACAUACAAUCAUUUUAUAAUAAUAUGUCAAAAAUCGAUGAACCGAUUAUCAGCAAUUACGAUGAUGAUGAAGAGGAACAUACUAUGAUAUCAUUUAUUCCAGACUUAAUGAGAUUUGGAAUGACUGAAUUAACUGAUGAUGUAAUUGCUUUGUUGAGUAAACGUGUGUAUGAUAUAGCUGAAGCAAUGAAAGAUACAGAGCCAAUGGAUGAGGAAGAUCACAAACUUGUGGAAAUGGCAUUUACCAAGAAAGACACAGAUGAACGGAAAACUUGGAUCAGUGAUAUCGAUGAAUUGAGCGAAUCCAACCUAAAUAUAGAAACAAAUCUUCAAAAAGGGAAUAAAACUACUUCUAAUAAAGAAAGAAAAAGAAAAUUAGUUGAUAUUGAUGUGGAGACAAGUGAACCAAGCAAUCAAUGUGGCAGAAAAAUUAAAAGAACAAAUUUCGGUAUCUGA